GCGCGUGUGUUGUAUGUGUAUGAUGCCUUUCACUAACUCAUUUACUUUUCGUUGAGUAUGAUACUUAGAACUUAAUUUGAUAUAGAUUCCCAUGGUCAAUUUCUUGAGGAUAUGUAUAAAUAAUCUCCAAUUUUGAAAUGCAAAGAUAACUAACUUCUUUACUUUAAUCUCUUUGAGUAUACCUCUGUUUAUUUGCGAAUUGUGACAAAAAUACCAUCUAUUUUGUUAUCUAGAACACCAUCAGUCAUGCGUGUCUUUACCCUUAUACUAAUUCUCACAUUAACCCUGGGUUUUUUAACCACAGCAGAAUCUACUUAUGCAAUUCCGAAAAUUUUUAAAGACAUUCUCGUGUUUCAGAAUGAUUGGGAUGUAAUCGGCCCUUUUAUGGAAAGACAGAUUCCACAGUAUGUGCAAGGCGCUGAGUCAUUUACUCAAUUAAAACAAUUGUACGGAAAAGCUUUGCAAGCUUUUAGUUCAGGAAAAAACUAUGCUUGGCGGUUUAAAAAUUUAGGUCUCACUGAUGCUAUUAAAACGUUCGAUGCAACAAAUAUUGAGCUAGCCGUUUUUAAAAAUAUAGAAAAAUUGAGUUCGAAUGCAGUGUAUAGUUUAGCAGACAAAAUAGCGAAUGCGCUUAGAUACGGAGUCAAAGUUGGAGGAAAACCAGUAGAGGUUACUAUAGAAAUGAUAGCAUCAGAGAUGGGAGUAGCAGCUCAAGUUGAAGGCGCAUCUGCGAUCGAAUCAGCAAUAAUAGGAAUUUCAGAAGAAGAAGCAGUAUCAGCACUCGUAGCAUGUAUAAUCGUGGCAGAAUGA